CCUGUUAUGCGUUGGGCGCCAUUUUCAAACAGCGUUACCACCGCCGGAAGACAUACACCCUGAAAAGGAAACAGCUAGCUGCAAAGAAAGAAAGAAAUAACAAACAACCAAAUUUCCGAAGCCCACUGAGAAAACGUGCGCUUUAAAAAGCAGAAAAACAGAAUCCCAAACCCAUAAUAUCCGCUCUGUUUGUGCAUUGUAAACGUAGCUAACUAGUCAAGCUAAGUGCUAAUAUGUUCGUUAAACUGCUACUUCACUAGCUAGCUGACAGCUGGCUAAUACAAACACAUCGAAAAGGAAAACUACUAGACUUACUGUCACUACAAAUCAAAACAAUCCACAUCCACAGAAGAUUCGCUCAAGAGCGUGACCAUGAGCACCAAUGCAGAGCGCAAAUUUAUAAAUCUGCGAAAGCGUCUGGACCAGCUGGGCUACAGGCAGCCGUUAGCCAUCGAGUCCUUGCCUUUGGUUGAAAAGCUAUUUAGUGAUUUAGUCCACACCACUGAAAGUCUUCGAAAUGCCAGGCUCUCAGCUGGGAAGACCGAAAAGGAGAGUCGAAAUCUCGACGCUCUGCUGGAGCCGUAUAAGGCAGAAAAUGCCCGGCUUGUCCGAGAGAACAACGAACUGCACUUAGGGCUUCUCAGAUUGAAGGAGGAGAAAGGACGAACCACUAGAGAACUAAAGGCUUUUAUUAGGAAACUAGACCACGAGACCUCAGAUCUAAAGUUCCUCAACAAUCAGUAUGUGCAUAAGGUCCGUGCACUGGAGAAGGAUAGCAAAGCCAAAAGCGAACGCAUUCAGCAGCUGCAAGAGAAGAACAUGCAGGCUGUAGUGCAGACACCAGGAGGGAAAAAGAGGCCAAUCCCUUUCCGACGCCAGCGGAUGCAGAUAGACGAGCAUCUCCCUGCGUCCCAUGGCAUGUCUUCUUCAGCCGUGGCACAGCCAGAUGACCCGUACAUUGCUGAUCUUCUUCAGGUGGCAGACAACAGGAUUCAGGAGCUGCAGCAGGAAGUGACAGCACUAAAGUUGGAUCUAGAAAGAGCCCAGGGGGGAAUCAAGCACCUCAAUGCUCAGGUAGAGGAGCGAGAUAAAGAGAUCGAGCGCCUGAAUCGAGCUCUAGAUGGAGGACGACCGUAUGAUGUCAUCUCUCUGGAGUCUCAGAACAUCAGUAAUGAAAAGCUCAUUGCUCACUUAAACUUACAGAUUGAGUACCUGCAGGAAACAAACAGGACACUGGAACAGAAGGUGGAAGGAUUGCAACAGAAGAAAAAGACCUUUUCCAGUGAAGUGGCCGACCUAAGCGUCAAGAACCAGGAGCUGUGCAGUGAGCUCACACAGAUAGACCAGCUUGCACAGCAGCUAGAGAGAGACAAAGAGAUGGUGUUGGAGACAGCUGACAUGGAGCUGCAGGAGGCCAGGAAAGAGAUUCAGCGGCUGCACAAACAAACAGAAGCACUGGAAGAGGUCAUUUCUACAUUAAGACAGAACCAAGCAGAAGGCAAUCACGAGAAGGACCGUUUGAUGGAUCAGCUAUCGGCACUGAAGGAGGAAAAUGUGAAGAUGGAAGGACUGAUGAAUUUCCUGGAAGAGGAAAAGAAGAGACUGCAGGACAAAGUGGAGAAAAUGACGCGAGCUGAUAAAGAAAUGGUUUUGGAGUUGGAGCGCAUGCGUGCCCGGCAUGGCACGUGUGGAAAAGAGCGCUCUCCAUCUCGAUUGGACGCUUUCGUAAAGAGUUUGGAAGAAGAAAGGGACCACUACAGACACGAGGCAGAGAAAUACAGAAAGACAAGGAGUGGGGCAGACAGUGCCAGUCCUUCUAAGAGCAGGAGUCCCAGAGGGCGUGGGAGCUGGCCUGUAAGAGGAGAGAAUGCAGACAGUGAACUGUCACGUGCACUGAGAGAAAGAGAUGAGCUGAAAGCCAUGCUGCUGGAAUUUGAGAAACACAUGGAGGACAUUCAGAUUAAAGUCAAACUGCUCACCACUGAGAAAGACCAACUCAGCACUCAGUAUCAGCAGGCCCAGGAGGAGCUGCAGAGUGUUCGUAGCAAGUUGACAUUUUCUCCAGAGCUGCAGCAGAGGGUGAGAGAGGAGAGAGAGCAGGCAGACACUGAGCUCCAUAAAGUCACAACAGAAAGAGACGCACUCCGUGAGAGACUCAAGGUGGCUCAGACUUCAUCUCUGACAGACAAAGAGCAGGAGGAGAUAAGAAUAAUGGAGCUGGAGAACACAGUUCAGAUGCUGGAGAGAGAGCGGUCAGAUCUGCGCACUCAAGUGUCCGUAUUAAAGGAGAGCCGUGUAGCUCUGGAAGAUGAGCUGAAGGCCCGCUCAGCAGCCUUGCUCCAGAACGCAGAAGAGAUGGCCCAGCAAAGGUCUGAGAACAGCACGCUGAGACUGCUGCAGGAGCAGAUGGAGAAGUCUCUCUCCGAUGUUCAGCACAGAUUGUCUGUAAAGGCUAGCGAACUACAGGCAGCUCACCACCAUAUGGACAAAUUAGAGGAAAGAAUCUCUGACCUGACUAGGAAUGGGUCUUCUCAAAAAGAUGAGGUGGCAGUGCUGCAGGCUGCCAUUGCAUCUCUGGAUCGAGAGAAGGACAUACUGCAGGAGGCUGUGGACCACAAGGCAGAGAGCAUGGUCCUACUCCAGGACCAACUAAACAAGAAGGAGAAGAUGCUGACAGAAGUUCGUCUCACCAUAACAGAAAUGGAGAACUCUUUAGAGCAACUAAAAGGGGUGCUGAGCAGCCGCGAGCGGGAGAUAGCUAGUCUGCGCAGACAGCUAGAUCAGUCGCAGGAGGAGCUCUCAUCCGUCAGCCGUGACAGAGAGAUUGCACUUCGAGAAAACCGCCGACUACAGGACGACCUGGUCACCAUGACCAGAGAAAACCAGGCAGUGCACAGAGAAAUGGAAGAGGCACUGAGAGAGAGGGAUGACCUAAAGAUGAGAGUCCACUCCUAUAUUUCUGAAGUGGCCAAGAUCGAAAAAUUGAUAGCAUCAAAGGAACAGGAGAACAGGGAGAUGUUGGAGCGUUUCCGCUCGGCGCACACGGACGCAGAGGAGCGCGAGCUAAAACUGCAGCAGGCUGAGGGUCUCAACAACUCCAUCAAACUGGAGCUUCUUUCCUCAGACACAGAGCGCAGACACCUCAGAGAGAAAGUGUCCCUACAGGAACGAGAGAUACAGGAGCACAUGAACGCACUACAGGCGUAUGAGGCUCAGGUAUCCUCUCUGAUGCGGGCAACGUCUCGGCUGGAGGACGAGCUCCAGGCUGCACGGGUCGAGAAAGCAUCAGUGCUAGCUGAUCUCGCUUCUGUACGUGAGCUCUGUGUUAAACUAGACUCCAGCAAAGAGCUGACCACACGACAACUCGCUGCCAAGAGCAUGGAGCUGGAGAGGAUGACUGGUGAGAUGGAGGAUGUGCGUUCAGAGAUGGAGCUCAUGAAGAAGCAGCUGGCAAGCGAGAAGGUGACCGUGCGUAACCUGGAGACGCUGCUGUCCACCAACCGACAGAAAGAGUUUCAGAACCAUCUCAGUGCAAGUGAGAGGGAAUCGGAGCUGAAAGUGCUCAAAGACCGCCUGGCUCUCGCAGACAGCAAAGCAGCAAGUCAUGCUAGAGAGGUUUCUCAGCUGCGCGGAAAAUUGUCUCAGCUCCAGACAGAAAUGGACGUGCUGAAGAGGCAACUGACAACAGAGCGAUUUGAGCGGGAAAGGGCAGUCCAGGAGAUGCGGAGACAAGGUGUGUCUUUCACAUCACUGCGUAGCUCCUCCCCCCUCAGUACCUCACACAGUCCACGCCCAUCAUCCCCUGAACCUUCUGCCUUACGCACGCCGGAACGCUUAAUUGAAAAAUCUCCAGAAAAAAGUGUGAGUUUUAAGGACUAGAGAGAAGAGAAAAAAGCUGAGGAUCUUCGGAAAGCGGGGUGUUAUCAGAAGGUGUUACUCCCUGGGAAUGCGCUCUCACGUCAUCCCUAUUGUUUUGAAUUUGGUAGGAGAAACCUUUUGAUGACUGGUUAAAGUACUUUGUUUUGCUGUGGCUUGAAUGCUGAUUGGUGUCUUUUUGCAUUAAUUCUGUAUUUAUCGAGAACAAGAAGACUUAAAUUGUUCCUAGAUGGCAAAUGCACUGACAUGCUUUAACAGGGACAAACCCAAUCAUGCCACAAAGCCAAACAGAAAGACACAGAUUGUCUAUAUUUUUUUUAUUAUUUUUUUUUAUAAAUAUCUUGAAGGAAAUGAGCUCAGUGUUUUUUUAUAUGUUACUAUUUUUCUGUGAACUUUUAAACACAUGCUUUAGUAAUAGGAUGGAUAGAUGAAUUUGUAAUUCAUUUAUUUCCUGGGACUUAUUUUAUUUUUAUUAUUCUGUAAAUUCUAGUAUUUUGAUAUGAAAUGUCAGAUCUAUGUUGUACAGAGCUUUUAAUGGACUUGCAUUGAAGGAGACCAAACAAAAGUCCUCAGGGUUGCCAGUGUUAAUGAGAAAGCUCCAAACUUAUGACUGGUGUUGUGUUUCAUAAAUCAUCUAUGUGUUUACUUGAAUCGUUAACUUAUUAACUCGAAUAAAAAUGUAAAUAGUUUCUUACAGCA